AUGUUGGAAAUCAAUAACUCCCUGCUUUCUGCGGCCUCCAAAUAUGUUUCGGAUAUUUUUUCGGGUAAAGUAUCAAAGGAUUUUAUAUUCCAUUCUUACGAACACACUACCGAAGUGGUUUUACAUAGCGAACUGAUCGCAGGCACUUAUGAUUUAAGUGAAGAUGACAGGCUUGCACUGACGCUGGCGGCAUGGUUCCAUGAUACAGGUUAUUCUUCCGGUGUGGCAAAAUAUCAUGAAACGGAAAGUCAGCGCAUAGCAACAGAAUUUUUACAGGACCAUAAUGUUAGUGAAGAAAUUAUUGCCAAAGUGAGUAACUGCAUAAUUGCUACAAGAAUGCCGCAGUCGCCUACGAAUACUAUUGAACAGAUACUUUGUGAUGCGGAUCUUUUUCAUUUAGGCAGUAGUGAAUUUCUUGAGAAGAAUAAAUUAUUGCGUGAAGAAAUUAAUCGCCUUAAAAAUGAGAAGAUAGGAAAAAAGGACUGGAGAAGAAUAAAUAUUGAAUUCUUAAGAAGGCAUCGUUAUUUUACUGAUUACGCACGUGAAAAUCUCGAUCCCAUGAAGAAAAAACAUUUGAAUGAAUUAUUAGAGAAAGAAGGAUUAAUUCCUGAGCCUGUUGAGGUUAGUAAAGAAAAAAAGCUACCCAAAGAAGAAACCAAACCGGCGCGUAAUGAUCGUGGAGUUGUGGCGAUGUUCCGUAUUAUGUCAGAGAGCCAUGUGAGCCUUAGCCAGAUGGCCGAUAGCAAAGCGAAUAUUAUGAUAUCAGUGAAUACUAUAGUAAUUUCUAUUAUGGUAUCGGUUCUAUUAGGGAAACUCCAGUUUUAUCCAGAGUUUAUUAUUCCUACAAUUAUUCUCGUAAGUGUUUGCCUGGCGGCAGUAAUAUUUGCGAUACUCGCUACACGGCCAAAUAUUAGCGGGGGAACAUUUGCACGGGAGGAUAUCGAGAAUAAAAAAGUGAACUUGUUAUUCUUUGGGAACUUCUAUAAUAUGCAAUUAUCGGAUUACGAUUGGGCGAUGAAAGAAAUGAUGAAUGAUAAAGAAUAUUUAUACGGCAGUAUGAUUAAAGACAUGUAUUACCUCGGUCUUGUACUCGCACGUAAAUAUCGAUUCCUUAGGGUAUCUUAUAAUAUAUUUAUGUUCGGGUUAAUUGCGGCUAUUAUAGCAUUCGCCCUUGCAUUUAUCUUAGGUACCAAAGAAUAA